GCGGUACUUCAAAGCGGGCGCUGCCCGCACUUAGGCAGAGUUUAGCCCCGCCGAGCCGGAGUGUCCUUAGUGCCGCCGGGCAGCGCGGGGCGCACACCGAGCGCCGUCCCCCUCCGCCCCACCGCCCAGCACAGGGACGUGCUAUGGCUACGUCUAUCCUCGGGGAAGAACCGAGAUUUGGAACGACUCCCCUGGCCAUGCUGGCCGCCACCUGCAACAAGAUCGGCAACACCAGCCCCCUGACCACCCUGCCCGAGUCCAGCGCCUUCGCCAAAGGAGGCUUCCACCCCUGGAAACGCUCCACCUCCAGCUGCAACCUGGGCUCCAGCCUCUCGGGCUUCACGGUGGCCACGAGCAGGGGCUCCAGCGGACUGGCCAGCGGCACGGGCACCGCCAACAGCGCCUUCUGCCUGGCCUCCACCUCGCCCACUUCGUCGGCCUUCAGUAGCGACUACGGCGGCCUCUUCUCCAACUCAGCGGCGGCGGCGGGCGUGUCCCCGCAGGAGCCCGGCGGGCAGUCGGCCUUCAUCUCCAAAGUGCACACCUCAGCGGCCGAAAGCCUCUACCCGCGGGUGGGCAUGGCGCACCCCUACGAAUCCUGGUACAAGUCGGGCUUCCACUCCACGCUCUCGGCGGGCGAGGUGGCUAACGGGGCGGCCUCCUCCUGGUGGGACGUGCACACCAACCCGGGCUCCUGGCUGGAGGUGCAGAACCCGGCGGGGGGGCUGCAGAGCUCGCUGCACUCGGGCGCCCCCCAGGCCUCGCUGCACUCCCAGCUGGGCACCUACAACCCCGACUUCAGCUCCCUCACCCACUCCGCCUUCAGCUCCACCGGUUUGGGCUCCACGGCCGCCUCGCACCUGCUCUCCACCAGCCAGCACCUGCUCACACAGGAGGGCUUCAAGCCCGUGCUGCCCUCCUACACGGACUCCAGCGCAGCGGUGGCGGCGGCCAGCGCCAUGAUCUCGGGCGCCGCUGCCGCCGCCGCCGGGAGCGGCUCUGCCCGCUCCGCCCGCCGCUACUCGGGCCGCGCCACCUGCGACUGCCCCAACUGCCAGGAGGCCGAGCGGCUGGGGCCGGCGGGGGCCAGCUUGCGGCGCAAGGGGCUGCACAGCUGCCACAUCCCCGGCUGCGGCAAGGUGUAUGGCAAGACCUCGCACCUGAAGGCGCACCUGCGCUGGCACACGGGCGAGCGGCCCUUCGUCUGCAACUGGCUGUUCUGUGGCAAGCGCUUCACCCGCUCCGACGAGCUGCAGCGGCACCUGCGGACUCACACGGGCGAGAAGCGCUUCGCCUGCCCCGUCUGCAACAAGCGCUUCAUGCGCAGCGACCACCUGAGCAAACAUAUCAAAACGCACAACGGGGGCGGCGGGGGCAAAAAGGGCAGCGACAGCGACACAGACGCCAGCAACCUGGAGACGCCGCGCUCCGAGUCCCCCGACCUCAUCCUGCACGAGGGGGUGGGCGCCGCCGCCCGCGGACCGGGCAAGGAACCUACCGCGGGGCCCGGCGACUCCUAGGGGCAGCGUUCCCUGGCCCCCCGGCGCCGGCGAGUCCCCGGCAGCCGCCCGGACCUUGCUCCGCGCCGGCCGGAGGGACGUGAGUCGCCCCGCCGUGGACGGCACCCGGCGGCCCGGGCCGCAGCAGGCAGGCCGGCCGGCGGAUGGCGGGGCCGGAGAGGCGCGGCCCCCGUCCCGCCCGCCCAGUAGGUACCGAAUGACACUUUCUUCCGUUUCCUUUUUUCCUUCUGUUGGAAGGGAGGCAUCCUAGGAGAGGCUUAAGGUGAGAAACGCAACUGCAAGUCCGAGACGGUUCCUCUGUAUCUCAUAAACAUCUGUAUAAAUAGCGUUAAAAAAAAAAAAAAAAAAGAAAAAAAAAAAGAAAACCAGAUCGUGUUCGCUUAUUUUUCUUGUAAAUGUUGAUCUGAUAGGGGGUUUGGGAUUUUUUUUUUAAUUGGUGAAUUCCUGAAAUUCAGGGAGGUUUUGGGGUAUUGGUUAAUUUUUUUAAUUAUUUUAAAUUUCUGAUGCACUUUGUGGAAGUCAGUAUAUAUGUAAAAGAUAUUUAAAAUGUUGAGUUAACAUUUCACUCGAACACACGUAAGUUAAGGUCUCUUAAAGAAAUUAAAUGCGUUUAUCUGUAUGGAAAAAAUCUUGACAUAUUUUCAUUUUGGUAUUAUUAAAGGACUCUGAACAAUAUA